GUUCUGCCAGCAUCUUCCUCGGAAAAGCCAGCGCCUCUGCACACACCCCUGCCGCCCUCCUCCCGCGAGCCCGGACCCCCGACACCAUGUGCAAAGGACUAGCUGGGCUGCCGGCUUCCUGCUUGAGGAGCGCCAAAGAUGUGAAGCACCGGCUGGGCUCCCUGCUGCACAAGUCACACUCCUGUGAACACAACGCCGUCCACAGCAAGAAGGACAAAGGGGUCGUCUGUCAGAGGGUGAGCCAAGAGGAGGUCAAAAAAUGGGCUGAAUCGCUGGAAAACCUGAUCAGCCAUGAAUGUGGGCUGGCUGCUUUCAAAGCUUUCUUGAAGUCUGAAUACAGUGAGGAGAACAUUGACUUCUGGGUCAGCUGUGAAGAGUACAAGAAAAUCAAGUCACCCUCUAAACGGACUCCCCAGGCCCAGAAGAUCUACAACGAGUUCAUCUCAGUGCAGGCAGCCAAGGAGGUGAACCUGGAUUCCUGCACCCGGGAGCAGACGAGCCGGAACGUGCUGCAGCCCACCGUCAGCUGCUUUGACGAGGCCCAGAAGAAGAUUUUCCACCUGAUGGAGAAGGACUCCUACCGCCGUUUUCUCAAGUCCCGCUUCUACCUGGACUUGGCUGGCCCUUCCGGCUGCGGGUCGGAGAAGCAGAGCGCAGCCCAGAGCUCCGCAGACUGUCCCUCCCUGGUCCCCCAGUACGCCUAACUGUCACUCCACAGUGAGGGGCCGACACGCCGAGACUCUGCCUGGACAGCCUGAGGCCAAACCCCGACGUGUGUGGAGCUCGCGCUUUGCCCACACGUAGCCUAGUUUUCGUGCCGCCUGCCGCCUGCCAGUUGUUCUAGAUGUAGUUUCAGUUUUUUGGUGUUCAUCAGCGCAGGACCUCCGUCCAGCCCAGUCUCCCCUGGAGUUUUCAGGGUGCCACGCGAGCAAGUUCCAGAAAGCAGUCUGAUAGGCCUGGGUGUUCAGAGAUGGGUGGCAGUUGGAGCUCAGGUCGGUCACACUUCAUGUGACAUCCAUAGAGACAUGGGUUCCGUUAGCCAGCACUUUCUCCAAAGUCUAGACACUUAGAGGAGGUGGAUCAAUCGCGUGGAUAUGUGUGUGCAUGUUUAUACACACACGUACGGAUUUCUGUGGGAACAGGCAGGAAAGACCCCAGGAGCUCAGGGCUAGUGCACAUACAGGUCACACGCAUGUUCUCAUCCCUGGGCGUUCAGCCUGCGAUGAAUAGGGCGGGUGGAACUGGCUCCACGCUGGCUAAGAAGGGGACGCUGACCUGUGCAAGGCGGCUGGAAGGCUCCCGCUCUUGCUGGAGAAGCUCCAGGACGCCGUGGUGGCUGUGCUCCGGUAAGCAGUACACACCCAGAGUGCGGUGCUUGCCCGACGCCGUGCUGUCUCGGGCAGGCGAUCGCUGGUGGCGCUUUGAGUCCUGAGCUGCUGGCCUCCCCUUCUUUGCCCGGGUGCUGGUGCACGGUCGUCAGCAGCUGGGUGGGCACGGAGAU